AAGUGGGCUUCCUACGAGCUGUGAGAAGGCUCCUGGGCUGCUUUGAACGUGCAUAUUGAUCGAGUGGAAAGAAUGGCCCAGGUUCUGCAUAUGGGGACUGCUUUCCCAGGAAAGGUCAACCCAGCCGCUACUACAAUCUUCCAUGGGAAGGAGCAAGACCUAACUUACUCGGUGGAGACUCCUUAUGGCUACCGUCUUGAUCUGGACUUUCUGAAAUAUGUGGAUGACAUUGAGAAGGGCCACACUAUUAAGCGCAUCCCAGUUCAUCGGCGACCACGCUACAACUCCUUGCCCCGGGGCUAUGGCUACACGGGUUCCUGGUGGACAUCCACGGAGUCUCUGUGUUCCAACGCGAGUAUGGACAGCCGCCAUUCCUCCUAUUCUUAUUGUGGCCGUAGCUUCUACCCACAGUACACGAAUGCCAUUCACAGCAAUUUCAAUGCCCGCGUGGAGAAAACGUUGCUGGAUGCUAGGAAGAAGUUAGAAGAUCAGGCAGACCUAGAUGGGGAAACCCCCACAGCAAGUAGUCUAGGAAGCCUCCACAGUAGCGUAUCCGGAUCAACAAAUUCCUUAGUUGGAAGCCAGGGUAUUUCCCAACAAACAUCUUACAAUAGCUCACACCAAGGUGCUCCUGGACAAUUGACACCAAUCGGUUCUGGGUUAUCCACUCCCGUCUCACCAACCCCAGGACAUCUUCAAUAUGUUCGGGAGCAGAUGGCUGUGGCUUUGAAGAAGUUGCGCCAAUUGGAAGAACAGGUCAAGAUGAUCCCAGUCCUUCAGGUGAAGAUCUCGGUGCUCCAGGAAGAGAAAAGGCAGCUAAGCGUUCAGCUCAAGAGCCAGAAGUUCUUGGGGCACCCGGGAGGGUUUGGCAAGGGGAAACCACGAGGGGAGCUCUACAUAGACAUCCCUGAGGAGGGUGUAGGUGGAGGCACGGAGGACAGCAGGAACAGGGCUGACACGAAGGGCAAAUUGCAAAAGAAAGAAGUGAGGUCAGUGGGUGUGGGAAGGACAGUCGAAGAUGGAGAAGUGAAUGUGAACAUGGGAAGAUGUGACGUAGGGGUCGCAGUCAAGGAGGAGGAGUUGGGAUUGCCUUCUCCCCCAGAAGUGGAGCAGCAAUGCCAAGCGAUUCAGACCUUAUCCACCAAAAUUGCUGUGUUAGAAACACAAUUGAAGAGAGCACUUCAAGAUCUCCAGGCUGCCCAUCAGAAACUGGAGCACCAGGGCAGGGAGAAGAAAGACAAAGAAACCUCGACAAGAGAUGGGGGUCCAAUGGAAGCAAAGGGGGAAGGUGCACAGCAGUGGGAGGCCCCCAUUCGGGUUGAUGCCGUCAGAGUGGUCCAAGUGGAAAGGGAGCCGGAGAUUGCAGCCAGCGUAGCUACCGGACCUCAGAGGGCCCAGGCCCUGGAGAGCAAGGAGCCCUAUGCCAGCCUCAGGCCGUCCGCAGGCAAAGAUUCAGUCUCUGAGAAAGUCCCAAAGGUUCAGUCCCAGGUGCCACCUUGUGCCACGUACCAGAGAAGUGAGGUGAUGGAAACCACUUUCCCAAUUCACGUUGGAGCAGCAAACGCAGCAACCACUUUUCACUCUGUGAAGAAGAUCAGCAUUGUCAACACAGAAGAGGAUGGGGAUGGCAGUGAAGAAACAAGAGAGGCCGAAGAAUCACUGGAGAAAACGGAAGAUCCCCUUCUUUACUCCUUCCAAGGAGAGCAGAUGGUUCCUUGUGUCUCUCAAGAACCUAAAUUGGAUGUGCAGAAGGAGGAAGAGGAUCAAGUUUCAUCCACUGCAGGGAUCCGGUCAAUUAUGAAGAAGAAAGAAGAAUCUACGGAAAUACUGACUAGCAAGAAGAGCCUCCAGUUUGUGGGCGUCAAUGGAGGGUAUGAGUCUACCUCCUCUGAGGACUCCAGCACAGCUGAGAACAUCUCAGACAACGAAAGCACUGAGAGUGAAUACCACGAGGCAAGUGAGGGCCUCCAGGCCGGGCAGGGAAUUGUAGAUGAAACUCUGAAGCUUUCUGAAAUGACCACAGAGACAUUACAUCCUGUCCCUGUCGAGGUGGGGAAAAUAACCACAGCAGAAGUUCCCAGCAAGGAGCCAGCAGGCAAAACGAG